AGUGAAACUCGAUAUCGCGCAUAGUAGAUCUGGUGGUACUAAAAUGAUUUUUCUAAAGAUGCCAAAAAAUUGAACUUGCAGCUCUCAUCCUUAACCCUCUGCAUUUUCUCAUUGUCGACAACAACAUGAGCCGCCAUAAGUGGAGGACGCCCCAUGGCUCGAGAUUUCGGGAUUCCUUGCUGCAUGCUUCCUGCAGCAUGUUGUUCCUGAUAGCGGCUUCAUCGCAGACGUUACUCUUAUGACUGAACAUAGUCAUAGUCAACAUAGUCACAACAACGUAGUAGUCCUUGUCCUGGUCCACCAGCAUCACAACAAGGCAGUAGGACUUCAUGUAGUCCAAUGUCAUCAGUGAAUUGUUCCUAACACGAGGACUGAUGGUUCGCUACAACCGUGUAGAAGACGCUUCUUGAUAUUUCGUUCCUCUAAUCCUCACCCCAGCCAACGCCGCUCCCGUAGCAUUUGGCUUUGGCUCGUGUGCCAAGCAGGAACAUGAGAAUAAACCAUGGCGAACUAUCGAUCAAACUCUGAGCACGACUAGUGGAGGCAGUGAGAGUGAUAGCAAUCAUAUUAGCACGGAUGAUAGUAAUCAUAGCAAGCUUCCUUUCUUCUGGUUAGGCGAUGCCGCGUAUCAGAAGAAAUCCAACGAUAUAACUGCAGACCACCUCACGGAUCAGCAAAGCGGAC